UGUACCAAAAUGGCGUCCAAUAAGAAAAAACAAGAUGAAAAACACCUUAAAAACCUCAGAGAAAUGGUGGCUCUUCCACAUAACAAGCAGUGCUUUGACUGCCACCAACGUGGACCUACAUAUAUUAAUAUGACAAUAGGAGCAUAUGUUUGCACAGCUUGUAGUGGGCUACUACGAGGCUUAAACCCCCCACACAGGGUCAAGUCAAUUUCAAUGGCCAGUUUUACACCAGACGAAAUGGAGUUUCUUAAAACACAUGGAAAUGAAUACUGUAGAAAGGUAUGGCUAGGACUGUAUGACAAUAGACUAGGAAGCCAGUCAGAAUCCAGAGAUGAAUCAAAAGUCAAGGACUUCAUGUCACAGAAAUACGAGCGGAAGCGUUACUAUGUCGCUCCUACGGAGAGCAUGAAGGAAGAGGCUAGGCAAAUGAAUGAGUCUGCCAUACCUAAAACCCCUGGUACAAGGCCAUUGAAGUCUCUUCUAGGCAAUGGAGCACCAAAAUUAGUAGUCGGGACUCAACAGGCAAAGGCACCAGUCCAUCCCAGGGCUACAAUAUCUGCCACACCCCCACCAAUUAGCUCCACCCCCCAGAGCCCAGGUGGUCUGAGUGUCCAGUCAUCUCGAUCUGCAGGCUCCUCAGCCAUGGGUGAUUUAUUGGGCGAUAUUGGGAGUGACCCAUUCAGUAGCUCUAGCACACCCUCACAGACUCCCGCAGGUGGAGGGUUUGCAGACUUUGGUAACUUUGGCAACACCAGUAGCUCCCAACCAGCAGCUUUCUCACAGAGCACCCCCCUUCAGCCAUUCGGCAACACCCCGCAGACAUCCCAGCCGGCCUUUAAUGGGUUUCCCCCAGCAGCCUCGAGCUCCCAGCCAGCUGGUCAACCUGCCCCAGCUGCGCCCCUGGGUGGGGACAAAUACUCAAAUCUCUCAGACCUCUUUAGCGUGGCUUCCACGGCGGAGAGUACAAGUUCUUCCGGUUGGGGCUCAUCUUUAAGCUCUGGUGGUGGAGUAAACUGGAGCAGCCCAGCUAGUGGUUCCGGUGGUUUAAACUGGGGAGGUGAUAGUACCAGCAGUACCAGCACAGGUGGAGGAGUGAGCUGGAACAGCCAACCCAGCCAGCCUGCAGCCAGUUCAAGCAGUGGCAUGAGUUGGGGAGGUGGUAUGACAACAACAUCAUCAUCGUGGGGUGGGCCUCAAUCUACAGCACAAACAAGCGGACUUGGAGUUCCGGGAAACCCAUUCGUCGCUUCCAGCGCUGCCAAUCCAUUCGGAGGAGGAAGCAGUACAUCUCUCACUACCCAGGGUGCACAACAAACAGCCAACCCAUUUGGAGUGACCGGCCCUGUUUCGACAGGUGCAGGGGGAGGAUUUGGCAAUUUUGGGACCCCUGGAGCCCCUCAGCAGGCUGGAGGAACAUUUGGGGGAUUCGGAGCCCCAGCUACAUCAACCAACGCAGGCUUUGGGCAGUUUGGUGCACAAAAUGGAGGAUUUGGUGCUACAACUUCAGCAGGGGGAUUCCCUGGGGCUCAGACAGGUCAUCCAGUGGCAGGGGGAUUUCCCCCUGCAGGUCAAGGAACACACGCAUUUGGGGGUCAGGGUUUUCCCCAAGGGCAGGCAGGGUUUGGGCAGCAGCCCCACCAGCCUCAGGGCCAGGCAGGGUUUGGACAAAUACCACAGGUCCAGGCAGGGUUUGGUCAGACUCCGCAGGGACAGGGAGGUUUUGGCGGUCAGGGUUUUGGGGCUCCCCAACAUCAGCAAGGAUUUGGGACCCCCCAGCAAGGAUUUGGGGCUCCCCAGUCCCAGCAGCAGGGUUUCAGCCAGAUGGCAGGUGCAGGAUUUGGGGCCCAGCAUGGGGCUACGCAAGGAUGGGGCCAGGCACCAGCUUCCUCACAGGCUAACCCUUUCAUGUCAACAGCCCAGCAAUACUCAGCACCAAAGACAGGAGCAACAAACCCUUUCUUAUGAUAUUAGUGACCUUAAAUAUUUAGAAUACCUGUUGAUUAAAUAUAAGGAAGUGUGAGAAUCACCUUAUUGCUUGUCUGUUACUGUAUAAGGUAAGCAUUGGUGAUAGAUAUAGAUACAUAUGGACAAAGGCCGUUUCAAGUGUCUUUUACCGUUCGCCAUGGUUUGAGAAACGGGCUAAGAAUAAGGUAAUAAGGAUGGUAAAAAUUGAGAGAAUUGAACAAAGAGCCUGUAAUGUUCCAGGUGACAAAUAAUUGAAAUAAGGUGGUACUGUGCCAAUACAGGAACCAUAUUCGGAGCCCUAUCAUCCAUGAGUGAAAUAAAACAAUAACAAAACUGUGAACUAUUAAGUCAACAUCAGAAAUAGAAUAGAAAUUUUACUGCUUAUGUCAAAUCAAUGUUGACUUAACAGAUGGAUCCAACUAUUAUUUUUAAAAUAGAUACUAUUACUUCUUAGAAAUAUUGUUAUGUAAAGGAAUAAUCAUACCAUACAUUUGUUCGUAACAUUUUAACAUGUUGUUAUUGCCUUUGUAAGUUCAAGGUUAAACAUUUUUCUUUAAAAAAGUACAAAAAUAUUUUGUUUGCUUUAUACAGAGUAGUUAAAUGUGAGCAAAAAAUCAGAUUGCAUGAUGGAUACAUGAUGGUGUUGAGUUUUAAAUAUUGACUUUGGUUCCCUGCAAGUACCGUACAACAUAAUGGUAGGGUCACUAGGGUGGUAACUUACUACAUCAUAACAGGGGUUCUGAAGUUCAGGAUUCAUCCGGAAAUCUAGAUUGAGAGCUUCUGACUCCGGGCCAUUAUACAGUUAAGCUUUUUGCCAGGUCAUUUGCAUCACAAAUGGAGAAUUUUGAAAUUAACACCAAUUACCUCAAAAAUAAUUUCAAUAGUGGUCUUAGCCCCAAGCCCCUUUACCCUGCGUUGGGUAUGAUUCCCUCAAACUCAAACUCAAACAGAUCCCAGGCUGUUUUUCAGGAUUGACAUUUGUCAGCUGUUAAAACCCCUGAACAUUGUCAUAUUUUAAGCAAUAAUUUCAUGAACACCAAACUGUAAAUGCAGUUUUCAUACAAUGUAUAGACACCAAGUGUAAUGCUUGCUUAUGUAAGUGCUAAGUGUUUUAAAGUAUUAUCUUCAGUAAAUAUUUGCUUCUUUUCUUUUAAUGUUGUACCAGUAUAUCAUUUUCAAAUUUCAAACAUUUAAGAUUUCUUUUAUCUUGGGCGGAAGUUUUUUUUCUUUAUUCGUUCCCAUGUCCUUAUUGUUUGCCAUUAUUAAUUUAUCAUUUUUUACUUUUUUUGUUUUUAAAAAAAAAGAGAAUUCCAAGUUGAUAAAAAAAUGUCAUUCCUACGUGCAAUUCAGUCUGAUAACAGUAUGUAUCAUCCCAUUGUCAACAAUAUCUAGGCCACAUGGUUAUUUUAGCAGUGUUAGAACAAGACAUAAAUCUGUUUUGAAUUAAAUUCAAAGAAUAACGAUUGUCUUCCAUUGAUGUUUAUAUAUCAAGAGUCUGACCGUAACUUAACGGAAACAAAACAUAAUCCAACACUUCUUAAAAAAGGUGUUUUCUUUUUUCUUAUUUUCACACUUUUUAUGACUAAAUAUUUUUGAGAAAUAUAAUCAUGAAAAAUUGCCUUUUCUUUUUUUUCAUAUGAGAAUGGAACUGAUAUUUGACUUGAAUAUUUUUGUGAUAUUGGGCCCAGGUCUUCCUUACCCCUUUAAUCUAUAAUGAAAUGACGACCAGAGAAGCUAAAAUACUCCAGUAUGUGUAAAUCGUAAUGGUUUUGCAGAAAGAUAUACAUGUACGUGUAAUAAGCUUCUGCUCACACUGUAGUACGUGUAAUAAGCUUCUGCUCACACUGUAUAGCUAGCUAUUUUAUCAUUGAAAUUGACAAUGAUAUGUUAGAUAUUUCAAUCAGAAAUUAUUACAAGUAUUAUAUUAAAACAUAAUCAUACACAAAUAUUGCAGAUAUCUUGAUAUUUUAGUUGUAAUACGAAGCACAUUGUUAAGUACAUUACACAUUACGCAUGUCUCAUUUGUGAAACAAUUCAUGAACAUUUAAUUCAUGGGUAUUAUAUAUCAAAUAUAUAAACAUGCACACAAAAUGUUCAUUAUUAUUGCAUGUUCAGUGUAUCUUAAUUAUGUAAUUUCACUUGAGGCAUUAUUUCCGUGGAUUGACAAUUACAGAAAAGUUGAUUUACCGGUAUAUUUCGUUAUACCAUAUUUGUCCUUAUAGACAAUUCUAACAUGUGUAAAUUUACACACUAAGUGCUAAUUAUUAACCCAAAUGGCCAAAAAAAUCUAUAAAAUCAAUUAUCAAAAAUUUGUAACAGUUAUUUCAUUUAUAUUAACUGAAAUAUUACAAUUUUUCUUUCGAAAUUUCUCAUUAUAAAGUUUUUGAUAUCCAAACAGAUGUAUUAUGAUAUUAGACAUUACAUAAUUUCCUAUUUCAUAACAUGAUAAAAAGCAGUUCAUUUUUAUGCAUUUUGAGUGAUGCAUCCACAUAUAGUUCAUGAAUAACACUCUUUUGUUAAUAUGUGCUUGUAUUGUAUGGUCGAUGUUUCAGGCACAUGAGAAAAAUAUCAGCACUUCAACAGCUUCCAAUAGACCAGAUUCAAGCAAAAAUAACCUUCAUAAUUUUCAUUUUAAAUCUUAACAAAAGUGCCACGGAGCGAAGGCAAACACUUGUCUGUUUUUUAGUUAUACAAGAGGCAUAGCUUGAAGUAAGUGCGGUUGUUUUGUUUUCGCGCCCAAAAUAGCACGGAAUCAACCUUACCUAGUAUGUCCUGGGGUUUGAGGGGCUUUGCCAUAUCCUGGGUUAUUGCUAUUCUCUACUUAUUUGUAUUGUCACUGGUAACUUGUGUACAAUGUUCUUAUUUUCCGCUGCAUCUGUCAUCAAUUGGGCAUAAAAUGGACAUAUUUUCAGUAUGAACAGAUAAAAAUAAUUUCUCGUUAUUUCAUAUUAUUUUUGAAAACAUGAAAACAUCCCAUUUGUCUACAUGUUAAAUAUCUUUUACAAAAAAUUACUUGAUUAAAAAUAUUGCAAUAAAAUUGGUAUAUGCCUAUGUCAUUAUAAUUGCAAUUGGCUAUUUUUGCUUGAAUUUGAUCUUUCAGUGUAUUGUUAUGUUUAAUUCAGUAUUUAUUGGUGAAUACUAAUUUAUAUAAUGCUUGCCAUGAACAAAUUUAUUGUUUCAUGUUUUAUGUUGUUGCAGGUAAUUUCAAAAUUUUGUAAUGUGUUGACAAACGGCCGUUUUAUUAAGAGUCCUAGGAGUUUCUUCAGCCUUGUGCAGAACUGUUGAUAAUAUCUCAUAUGUAUGAAAUUACUCCAAAGAUUCUUGAUGAAGUUACUCCUAGGAUUUUUGGUGAAGUUACUCCUAAGAUUCUAGGUGAAAUCACUCCUAAGAUUGUUGGUGGAAAUCACUUCUAAGAUUUUAGGCUUCUAAGAUUUUAGGUGAAAUUACUCAUAGGAUUCUAGGUGAAAAUACUCCUACAAUUCUUGGUGAAAUAACUCCUAAGAUUAUUGGUGAAGUAUCUCCUUUGAUUCUAGGUGAAAUUACUCCUAAGAGUGUAGGUGAAAUUACUCCUAGGAUUUUUGGUAAAAUCACUCCUAGGAUUCUUGUUGAAUUAACCAACCCCCUGAUAUUUUUAUUAGUGCCAUUAUUUAAAUCAGAAUUUUAUUAAUAGCAUAUGAUAAUUUAUUUAAAAUGUGUCGAUUUUUUAGGACUUGUUAUUAUAUAGUGAAUUUAUGCUUAGUUUUUGCAAAAAUAUGUAAAGAAAGUGUGAAAUUUGAAUCCACUGAACUUUUUUGAACAAAUAGAUUUCAUAUCUUUGGCCAGAAAUAUUUUAAAGGCCAUUACUUCUGUAUUUAUUCUCAUACAUGUAACGUUAUAUGGUGUACAUUUUUGCAUAUGGUUGUUAUGCUGAUGUUAUUUUGUGAUAUGUAUAUUGUAGCCUCUUAAGUCGAAAUAAAUUGAAAAUGUUGGUA